AUAGAAGUCGGUCUUGGAUGACGUGCCAUCGGCGUGGAUGGAUAGAAGUAUUAAUAAAGAGUGCCGCCUGGGGCCCCGGAUGCUAACUUGGUCACCGCGGUUACCCGCCUUGCGCUGGGAUUUCUCCCAUAAAUUUGGGAGACUAUUUUCUGCUUUAUUUCCUCUUUCUUCCUCUUCGCUUGUUUUAAGUUUCCAAUCUCAUCCUCUGCAAGGGUUUUAGGGUUUUUCUGGGAACCUUUCGUCUUUAUACUUCUUGCGAAAUAGAUCGUAACGAGACAUAGAUCGUAGCGAGCAAUGAGGAUUCCCUGUGGAGAUGAAGGGGUCUCCGCUUGUCGGAAGCACCUCGUGUUCGCCUACUACGUCACCGGCCAUGGAUUCGGCCACGCAACCCGCGUCGUUGAGGUUGUGCGGCAUCUCAUUGUGUCUGGUCAUGAUGUUCAUGUGGUCACGGGUGCUCCAGACUUUGUUUUCACCACUGAGAUACAGUCUCCCAAUCUCCACAUUCGCAAGGUUUUGCUGGACUGUGGAGCUGUGCAAGCUGAUGCUUUGACAGUAGACCGGCUUGCCUCCUUGGAGAAGUAUCAUCAGACAGCUGUGGUUCCUCGGGCUUCUAUUCUGGCAACUGAAGUGGAGUGGCUGAACUCCAUCAAAGCCGACUUAGUGGUCUCAGAUGUCGUUCCUGUGGCAUGCCGAGCAGCGGCAGAUGCUGGGAUUCGCUCGGUUUGUGUCACAAAUUUCAGUUGGGAUUUUAUUUAUGCAGAAUAUGUCAUGGCAGCUGGGCAUCAUCAUCGUUCCAUUGUUUGGCAGAUAGCCGAAGAUUACUCUCACUGUGAAUUCCUAAUCCGACUUCCUGGAUAUUGCCCUAUGCCUGCUUUCCGGGAUGUCAUUGAUGUACCUCUGGUGGUCAGAAGGUUACACAAAUCUCGACUGGAGGUCAGGAAGGAACUUGGAAUUGGGAAUGAUGUGAAAGUAGUUAUUUUCAAUUUUGGGGGACAGCCAGCUGGAUGGAAACUGAAGCAAGAGUGGCUACCGGAUGGUUGGUUAUGUCUGGUCUGUGGUGCAUCUGACAAUCAAGAGCUUCCGCCAAACUUUGUGAAGCUUGCAAAAGAUGUAUAUACACCUGACUUAAUGGCAGCGUCUGACUGCAUGCUUGGAAAAAUUGGGUAUGGUACCGUCAGCGAAGCUUUGGCAUACAAGUUGCCAUUUGUCUUUGUACGCAGAGAUUAUUUCAAUGAAGAACCAUUUUUAAGAAAUAUGCUUGAGUAUUACCAGGGUGGUGUUGAGAUGAUUAGGAGAGAUUUGCUCACUGGACACUGGACGCCAUAUCUUGAGCGUGCCCUUUCUCUUAAGCCAUGCUAUGAGGGAGGCAUUAAUGGUGGAGAGGUGGCAGCCCACAUACUACAGGAUACAGCUAUUGGAAAAAAUUAUGCUUCAGAUAAGUUGAGUGGAGCAAGGCGACUUCGUGAUGCCAUAGUGCUGGGAUAUCAACUACAAAGAGCACCUGGCAGAGAUAUAGGCAUUCCUGAUUGGUAUUCUCUUGCUGAAAAUGAAGCCCGUCUUCGUCCUACAUUGCCAAAUACUGAGAUAAAUGGAAAUGCCUCUCUUGUGGAAUUAUGCAUCGAGAACUUUGAGAUACUCCAUGGUGAUCUGCAUGGUUUAUCCGAUACAGUGGCUUUCCUAAAGAGCCUAUCAGGUCUUGAUGGUGGAUCUGACCCAAAGAGUCCUGAGAAGCGCCAAUUAAGGGAGCGGAUUGCUGCUGCAGCACUCUUUAAUUGGGAGGAAGAAAUUUAUGUAGCAAGAGCACCUGGAAGGUUGGAUGUUAUGGGAGGAAUUGCUGAUUAUUCCGGAAGCCUAGUUUUGCAGAUGCCAAUUAGAGAAGCCUGCCAUGUGGCUGUUCAGAAGAACCAUCCUAGCAGGCAAAAACUCUGGAAACAUGCUCAAGCACGGCAGCAGACAAAAGGACAAGGACCCAUUCCUGUGCUACAAAUUGUAUCAUUUGGUUCUGAGUUAAGUAACCGUGCACCAACCUUCGAUAUGGACCUAUCAGACUUGAUGGAUGGGGAGCGACCAAUUUCGUAUGAAAAGGCCCAUAAGUACUUUGCACAAGAUCCAUCUCAGAAGUGGGCAGCAUAUAUUGCUGGAACAAUUCUUGUCUUGAUGACUGAGCUUGGUGUGCGCUUCGUGGACAGUAUAUGCAUACUGGUCUCUUCUGCUGUUCCAGAAGGUAAAGGUGUUUCUUCUUCUGCAGCAGUGGAGGUGGCCACCAUGUCUGCAAUUGCUGCUGCUCAUGGGUUGGAUAUUGAUCCAAGGGAUCUUGCAUUGCUUUGUCAGAAGGUCGAGAAUCAUAUUGUUGGAGCUCCUUGUGGGGUGAUGGACCAAAUGACAUCUGCUUGUGGGGAAGCUAACAAGCUGCUUGCCAUGGUUUGCCAGCCUGCGGAGGUAAAGGAACUUGUUACCAUUCCAACUCACAUACGAUUUUGGGGUCUUGAUUCUGGAAUACGGCACAGUGUUGGUGGCACUGAUUAUGGAUCUGUAAGAAUAGGCACCUUCAUGGGGCGUAAGAUGAUAAAAUCUGCUGCCUCUAAUCUACUGCCCCAGUCUUUGUCUAGUGUAAAUGCUCCUCAAGAAGAGGAUGGAAUGACUUUGGAUGAAUUUGAAGAGCAUGGCAUUGAGCUACUUAAAGCUGAAUCUUCGCUGGAUUACUUAUGUAACCUUUCACCGCACAGAUACGAAGCUGUAUAUGCAAAGAAGCUCCCUGAGUGCAUAACUGGAGCGGCAUUUAUAAAGAAGUAUACUGAUCACAGUGAUACUGUAACAGUCAUCGAUCCCAAGCGCACCUACGUAGUCAAGGCACCUACUAAACAUCCAAUCUAUGAAAAUUUCCGUGUUGAGGCAUUCAAAGCAUUAUUAACUGCAUCCAAAACAGAUGAACAACUUUCUGCCCUCGGAGGACUCAUGUAUCAGUGCCAUUACAGCUACAAUGAGUGCGGACUCGGCUCAGAUGGGACUGAUAGGCUUGUUAAAUUGGUGCAAGAAAUGCAGCAUAGGAAAUCAUCUGAUGAUGGAAGCUCUAGUUUAUUUGGGGCAAAAAUCACUGGUGGAGGCUCAGGUGGCUCAGUUUGUGUUAUUGGAAGGAACUGCAUUAGGAGCAGUGAAGAAAUUAUUGAGAUUCAGCAAAGGUACAAAGCUGCCACUGGUUAUGCACCGAUCAUUUUUGAGGGCUCGUCACCUGGUGCUGGAAGGUUCGGCUACCUAAGACUGCGGCGUCGGCCAUCCUCGCAGAUCGAAAUCUGAAAUAAGCCGAGAAACCCUGAAGCCCCAGCUGUGUAUGAAGGUUCUUCCAGUUACAAAUAAGAUCUAUGAUAUGAUGACAGCUUUUAGGUUAAAUAGGCUGUUCUUUUGGGGCUUUGUAAUGCUUUGCCCACAUGCUGAGCAUACGUCUUAAUUUGCACUAAAUAUUUAUUUAAGAAAAUAAGACCUAUUUAUAUAUGCAUUACAUAAAGGUUAUUUAUUUUAUGCUUCAA